ACCCUCGCUUUUUCAAUCAGCUGUCCACAGGAUUGGACAUUAUUGGCUUGGCUGGGGAGUGGUUGACAUCAACGGCUAAUACAAACAUGUUUACCUACGAAAUUGCGCCUGUUUUUGUCCUCAUGGAACAAUUAACACUUCGAAAGAUGAGAGAGAUUAUUGGAUGGUCAAAUAAAGAUGGUGAUGGAAUAUUCUCACCUGGAGGGGCUAUCUCCAACAUGUACAGCAUAAUGGCUGCACGCUACAAGUAUUUCCCUGAAGUCAAAACCAAAGGCAUGGCUGCAGUCCCUAAACUGGUUCUCUUUACCUCGGAACAUAGUCACUACUCCAUAAAGAAAGCUGGAGCUGCACUUGGAUUUGGAACAGACAAUGUGAUUUUAAUAAAAUGCAAUGAAAGAGGCAAAAUAAUACCAGCUGAUUUGGAGGCAAAAAUUUUGGAAGCAAAACAAAAGGGAUACAUUCCUCUUUUUGUAAAUGCAACUGCUGGCACAACAGUAUAUGGAGCCUUUGAUCCAAUACAGGAGAUUGCAGAUAUAUGUGAAAAAUACAACCUCUGGCUCCAUGUAGAUGCUGCCUGGGGAGGUGGACUCUUAAUGUCCCGAAAGCAUCGUCAUAAACUGAAUGGAAUAGAAAGAGCCAACUCAGUCACUUGGAAUCCACACAAGAUGAUGGGAGUGUUGUUACAAUGUUCUGCCAUUCUUGUCCGGGAGAAGGGCAUACUUCAAGGCUGCAAUCAAAUGUGUGCAGGCUAUCUCUUCCAGCAAGACAAACAGUAUGAUGUAUCUUAUGACACUGGAGAUAAGGCAAUACAGUGUGGUCGACAUGUGGACAUUUUCAAAUUCUGGUUGAUGUGGAAGGCAAAGGGUACAGUAGGAUUUGAAAAUCAGAUCAACAAAUGCCUGGAGCUGGCAGAAUAUCUCUACACUAAAAUCAAAAACAGAGAAGAAUUUGAGAUGGUUUUUGAAGGGGACCCAGAGCAUACAAAUGUAUGCUUUUGGUAUAUUCCGCCGAGUCUCAGGGGCAUGCCAGAUUGCGAUGAGAGAAGAGAAAAGUUGCACAGGGUGGCACCAAAAAUCAAAGCACUGAUGAUGGAGUCAGGUACUACCAUGGUUGGAUAUCAGCCUCAGGGCGAUAAAGUCAACUUCUUCCGAAUGGUCAUCUCAAACCCAGCAGCGACUAAGUCUGACAUUGACUUCCUCAUUGAGGAAAUAGAGAGAUUGGGGCAGGAGCUGUAGUACAGUGGUUGAAUUAUUUAUUUCUCUAAUUCACUGUUUUCCAGCACUGGCUAUUUUUUUAAACCAGUUCUGCAGAACACGUUUUAAGGAAAUUCUCUUUGUGUAAGUUCCAAUCUCCUAAGACAUCCUUAAACAAAACUAUAGGCUACUGAAACAUAUAUGUAUUGGUAGAUCAUACUACUGAGGGAAAAUGUAUUAUCUUGAAGUUGAAAUACUAUUGACUCUUACGUUGGUCUUGUUUACUGU